AUGGAUAAUAAUUUAACCAGGUAUCAGAAUUUACUUCUACGUCAGGUCAUACUACAAUCAAUACUACAAUCAAUUGCUGAAUCAAUGAGAGAUGCAAUUAAGCUACAUCCCUUGUCAGGUUCCUUGCAAAAUGCGCCUCUGAUGGAGAUUAAUGUGGAAAUUCAAUCAAAGAAAGAUGAUGACAAAACGGAUGAUUUGCAACACAAUAACAGCCCAAAACAAGAAAAGAUUGCUCUUUCUAUUAAGUCGACAAUACCAAAUAACGAAAUGCCGUUAAGUCUCGAAGACGAUUAUUUUGGUACUCGUUCCUACAAUUCCGACGAUUCAAAUGUCUGGGAUCCAUUAAACAUUCCAGAAUCUGACGUAACAAGCAUUUUAUCAUCGUCAACUGUUAAUGAGUUAUUCAUGCCGAUACAGUCGGAGGACGACAGGGCAUCAUCUCCUGAACUUGGCGUUCCACAUCCGCUUAUUUUUCGCAAGUCCAAUUUUUCGAAUUCUAGAUCAAAAUAA